AAAUAAUUUUAAAAAAUUCACGAAUAUUUUUUACGCGAUAAAUCCUUUAAAUUGUUAUUGAUUUGGCCUUGACAUGAAAUUGUAUAUGGAUAUUAGUUUCGUUAUAUUAAAUGCGAUAUUGCCUUGUUUACUUAAACCUCAAUCACUCUUUUCAGACGCAUUAAAGUCAUCUGGCGCGCCAUCUCAUGACAAGCAAUUUCUAGAAAUUUAAUGUUCCUUCUAGUUAUUAUGAAUGUGGCAGAUUUCAGUAUUUGGGAGUUUUCAAUAAUGCAUAACAUCCUCUAUUAAAUGCUAUUACUGCUUUCCGAAAUAUUUAUAGUCGACAUGCCAUCUUCUAAAAUUUUGGAAUAAUAUGAUUGACAAAUUUUCAACAUAAAAACAAGUAUGAGCUGGUUUGACACAGCAGGAAUUGCUAGUUUUGCUAAAUCGGCACUGACCACAGCUCAAAAAACUAUUGACAAAGCACUUGAUAUUCAAGAGGAAACAGCACCUAAAACUGAUAAAAGACAUACUGAUUCUGAGAGUUUUUUUGAAGCAUUUGGUUUAAAUGAUAAGCCCUCAACUUCUACAUCUUCUUCAAAACAAUCCAAACCUCAAACUAAACCUCCUGAGCAAUCAAUUCAUGAAAGUGGUAUUCCAGUGCAGGGUUCAGGUUUUUGGACUGACACAUGGGGAUCAUUUUUUGAAAUCAAAGGGCAAGGUGCUUUGAAAUCUGAAUCAAAACCUGCUGAAACUAUUAAAAAGGACAUUUCAAAUGACUCUAAACAUAGAAAAGAAGGUACAGUCUUAUCACAACCUCACAGAGCUAGUCUUUUUCCUGCCGAACCUCCAGUUGCUCAAUCAUCAAAUGAUACACAAGAUAAAUUAGAGGAAUUAAAUAAAUCGCUACAGUCUGAUAGUUUGCCCGAUGCUAAUGCGCAAAAAGCAUAUAAUAUUGAAGAGUCUUCUGAUAAACCCUCAACUGUUCAAAAUGAUUCUAGCAGUGAGGAAGCUAGUAAAACUCUUGUUAUUGAACAACCAUCUCCAGAAACAGUUUUAGAUUUUAAAGAUUCUAAUGAUAUACCUCCAGUUACUCAAUCAUCUACUGAAAUUUUCAAUACACUUGAUGAAGUUAAAGAAAAUAAGGUAUUAAAUAAACUUGACUGUGAUAAUGAAUCAAACAAUUUAAUCAGAGAGCAACAAAUAUCUUCUAGUGUUCCUACUGAGACAUUUGUCUCCUGUACAAAAAAUAUGGACCAAAGUGAAUUUCUCGAGUUACAUAUGCCCAGUCCAUCAGAAAAGACAGAGGAGAAAGUUGAGUCAGAAUAUGAUGUUAUAGAAAUAAGUAAAAAAGAAAUUCCAGACAAUUCUAUGGCAGUUUCAUCUGGUUCAUUUACUCAAAUAGUUUCCAAUGAUGAAAAGCCAGCUAAUGAAAGUUCCUUCUAUGAUAACAGCAGUUCCACCCUGGUAAUUCCAGAUCUGCCUGUCUCUGAAAAUGUUGCUAACUGGGAAUGCUGUGCAUUAGAUUCUUUAUCCCCUGAUCUCUUUACAGGAGAGGAACAUGAGAAUUCUGAUUUUCUAGUCUCUGAAAACGAACAAAAUCCGAGUUUAAAAGUUACUAAUGAAGCUAGUCCUUUUCAUACAAUGCAGAGAGAUUCUUUUAAUGAUAAUAACAAUUGGUCUAAAAGUACUUUGCCUGGACGAACAAUAGAUGAAUCUCAAAAUUCGUCUAAUGAAGAGCAAAAUUCGCAUCAUAGUGAUGGCAGCAGUAAUAGUAGUAAAGAUGAUGAUGAUGAUACAGAUACUGCUGAAGUAAAAGAAUAUGAUGCAAAAUCUUCUAGCAGCAAUGAAUCCCACACAACCUCAUCUAGUUCUUUUGUAAAAUGUUCAGGUGAAGAAAAUGAACAAAGUUUUCAUAGAGGUCACUCCCCAGUUUCUACAACAGCUUCAGAAAGGUCAGAUAAUACAAAGCAUGAAUCUGAACAAAAUACCUCUGGAGAUGAAAAUGAAACAGCAACUUCUUCAGACAUAGAAAUAUUAUCUCCUCCAAAUGGUGAAAAUGGUGAUAGAAAUGCCUCGCCAUUGAAACAUGUAUGGUUAACUCGUCCUCUUCGAUUUCGAAGAUCUGAAAGCCCAACUUCUGACAGUAGUAAAGACAGCAUGAUGCCAGUAGUGAAUGAAUUAGAUGAAGUGAGCUAUGAGGAUGAAAAUAAUUCUCUUACAACUCUAUAUGGUGGCAAAGAAGAUGAAUUGGAUUGUCAGAAACAAUAUGAUGAGGAGGAGGACAAUAUUAGGAGAUUACUUCAGAAACAAGAUGAACUUCAGACAGUAUUAGAUGCUAGAGAGAAGAAAAUUGUUGAAUUAAGCAAAGAAAACAUUGAGUUACAAGAAAAUGAACAAAGACUUAAGAAUCUAAUGCAAAAAAUGAGAGUUGAACAAGCAAAAGAGUCAAGAGACAUUACUGCCUUAACUAGAGAAUUUACCCAAAGAUUGUCUCAUGUAGAAAGUCAACUGAAAGAGACUAUCAAGGAAAGGAAUUUACUACAGCAGCAGCUUGAUGAAACAAAGCAAGAAAUUGAUAAACGAAUUUUAGCAUCAGAUUUUGAAGAAGUUAUAAAAGAAAAAGAUCAACAAAUAAAAGAAUUAACUGAAGAAGGUCAAAAGUUAGCUAAAAAGGAAUUAACUCAUACAACAAUAAUUAAAAAGUUACGAGCAAAGGAAGAUGAAAUGGAUCGAACUAUAAAGUCACAAGCAGAGAAACUUGAAGAUAGUUUGAAGGAAGUUGAAAGGCUUAGAAAGUCUAUUGGGGCUAAAGAAGAGCAGGAAAAGAAACAUAUUGAUGUAAUCCGUAAUUUAAAUAUUACUGUCAAGAAGCUUGAAAAGGAUGUCUCUAUGCUAAAGAGUGAUUUGGAAGAUAGCAAGGAGAAAGAAUACAGUUUGAAAAGGUCAUUAGACAGCACUUACAAGGAAUUCACUGAUUUACAGAAAUCGUAUUCUGCAAAAGAGAAAGAAGUGGAGGAAUUAAAAUCAAAUUUGGAGUUAAAAGCUAAAGAAGAUCUUCAACAAAAAUUAGAAAAUGCUAAUAAAGAAGCUGCUAGGGAGAAAGAGAUGCUACUUUCUGAAAUGCAACAGCUAAGAUAUACAAUAUCGCGAUCUCAAGAUGAAGCAAAUUUGAGAGAAAAAAUGUUUAAGGAUGAAAUUGCCAGUUUACAAAAAAGAUUACAAGAAGCAGAAGAAAGAAAUGAGGAAUUAACAAAAAAUAUGUCAUCAGCUACAAGACCUUUAAUUAGGCAAAUUGAAAAUCUGCAAGCAACUUACACAGCUCAGACCAUUUCAUGGGAGAAAAUAGAAAAAAGUCUGACAGACAGAUUAAGUGAUGCACAAAAUCAUAUCGCACAUAUAUCUGAAAAAGAGAGAGCUGCAACAGAGAAGUAUUUAGAAUACCAAUCAAAAUUAACUGCCCUUGAAUCUCAAAAUAGUUUACUGAGACAGGAAAAACUUCAGCUUACUUCAGAAAUUGAAACCCUGAGAACAAAGAUAAUUGUUUUAGAAGAAAAUAAAAGCAGAGAAACAUAUACUUUAGAUAAGGUGAAGCAAAACUUUAAUACUGAAAUUACCAAGCUGAAACAAGAAAGAUUAAAUUUGGAGAAUACAAUGGCUACCUGCUUAGAACAAUUAGAUAUUGAAAAGAAGAAAGUUAAACGGUUGGAGGAAGAGAUUAAAAUUAAAGAUGCAAGAGCAGCAAUUUUAUCUGGUUCAUCCCCUUGCCCAUCUCCUACAGGAUCUGCUAGGAGCUCAAUAAGUAGUCUUCACAACUGGUCACAGGACGAAGGCAAUGAACAUGGAUCAAUUACACCUGUUAACAGUUAUAGAAUGUCUGUUUAUGAAUCCUUAAGAUUAGGAAGUGGUUCUUCUCUUCUUGAAAAUUUACAAUCUCAGCUAAAACAAAGGGAAGGAGAAAUAUUUCAACUACAGUCUGAAAUAAACAAAUUAGAACAAGUCAAAGAAUCAAUGACUCGAGAAUUAGUGAAUUUGUCGGAACAAAAUGAAACCUUAAGCAAAAAAGUGAAAGACUUAGAAAUUUUAGAAAAAGAAUACAAAGAUCUUGAUCAAAAAUAUAAUACUCUCUUACAAAUGUAUGGAGAAAAAGUAGAAGAAACAGAAGAAUUGCAAUUAGAUUUGUCUGAAGUAAAAUCCAUGUAUAAAGCACAGAUUGAAGAAUUAUUGAUGAAGCAAUGAAGCACUUCUCUUUAUAUAUGUGUGGGGAUUGGUGUAUUUAUUGUGUGAAUGAGUGGCCGAAAGCUUUCCCUUUAAAAACAAACUUUUAAGUUUAAAAAUAUUUACGAUACCUAAAUUGUAUAUUAUGUAUAAAUAUGUAUAUAUUAUUGUGCCAUCUUUCAUUUUUUGAACAGAAUUAAAAAAUAAAAUAACAUUCUUUAUUUUUGCUUGAAAUAAACAGAACCAGUAUUUCAUUUUAAAUAAUCAAAAGUGAUACCAAAGCAAGUUAGUAUUAAUUUUCCGCUGGUUGGAAUUCAUAAAAUCGUCCAUAGUGAUCUGUUGAGUUUUUAUUUUCUUAUAAUGUACUUGCAAUAUUUUAUAUUUGUUUUGUUGUCUGUGUUUUAUUUUAAUAUAUAAGAAUUUUUAAAGUAAAAUUUUAAUAUUAUUUAUCUGACACAGCAACAUAAAAUAUUCUUGUAAGUGAUUUUGUGCAUAUAAGAAAAUUGUCAUCCUCCAUAUAAGUAGCUUUAAUUUCAAAAAUUACUUUAGAAUAGCAGAAUUUUAAGCCAUCACUGGAGAACUGCCAGCUUAAAAUGUAAAUAAUUUGUUGCUGUUUAUAAAACUUUAGAUUUUUAUUGGUGAAAGAGUUAAUAAAUAUUCAAAACUGAAACUGUGAUACAUCCUACAGGGCAAUUAAAUAAAUGCAGCAAAAUGAAAUGUUAUACAUUUACAUAAAAUUGUAACUGAUUUAUGAAUAAAUGCCUUGCUUA